UGAAUAAAUAAAAAUAAAUGUGACAUUACAAUUGAUCGAUUGACGCGUCCAGAACACGGAACACGAAACACGGAACACGCACUGGAUAAAAAAAACCCCCAAUGUUUUGAUGUCUAAACUUCAUUCCAUGCUUCAUUCCAUUCACUAAUUCGUUCACUUCUCUUAUCUUUCUCUCUUUCAGUUCAGACUUACUAAUAAUAAUCUUCGUCAUGGCCCCACGGACUCACAUUGCAGUCCUUGGUGGUGGAAUCUCGGGUCUGUCCGUAGCCUGGUACUUGGCACGGAUAUCCCCUCCCAAUGUGGCCAUCACUCUCCUGGAAGGUUCAAAACGUACAGGAGGCUGGCUGCACUCUGACCGCAUCAAUGAUCCUCUACAUCCUGAUGGUUCUCUUCUCUUGGAACGAGGCCCCAGGUCUUUGCGCCCACAAGGUGUCAGCGGACUUAACACAUUAGAGAUGACUAAGCUCCUUGGUUUGGAACGUGACUUGGAGUUAGUUCCCAAAACAUCUCUUGCUGCAAAAAACCGAUACAUCUACUCCCAUGGCAAACUGCAUAUGCUCCCGUCUUCACUCUCUGGUGCUCUCACACAUCCACUCCUUGCACCAAAGCUUGUGCGUGCGGGCCUUGACCUCGUAAAGGGGAGCAGUAAAGAAGAUGAUGAAAGUAUCGAAAGCUUCGUGACCAGACGAUUUGGUAAAGGCAUGUCAGAUGAUUUGAUUUCGGCAAUGGUGCAUGGAAUAUACGCAGGGGAUGUCAGCAAAUUGUCUGUGAGGUCUACUUUUGGGAUGCUCUAUCAUCUUGAGAAGGAGUAUGGGUCAGUCAUCUUGGGGCUCCUGAUGGGCAAAGGCAGUGUGGAGACACCAUGGGACCAAUUACUGAAGGAAAGGAUUCUGAAGGGUAUGCCUGAACUGAAGACAUUUGAUGAGAAUGUUAGCAUUUAUUCCUUUAAAGAUGGAUUGGAAACACUAUCCAAGGCGCUAGAGAAGGACUUGAGAGAUUCUGGACGAAUCAGCAUUCAUUUGGAUAGCCCAGUAGAAAAGAUGGACUUUAAUCACAGCAACAAGACCGUGAAGAUAUCCAUCAAGGAUCAAGAGCCUGUUCAAGCAGACAUGGUCAUCUCCGCGAUCACUCCUCGUCAGUUAUAUAACCUUUUGCCUCAUUCUCACUCGGAAUUAAUUCACAAUCCCUCUGUGGCAGUUGCUGUUGUAAACAUGAUCUACCGCGCCGAUCAAGCUCGCCUUGCUUCUCCUGGUUUUGGAUAUCUGAUCCCCAAAUCGGAAAACUCAGCUGUUAAUCACCAAGGCCUCUUGGGAGUUGUCUUUGACUCGUGCUCCGCUCCUACACAGGACCAAGGCUCAAGCCAGGGUCAGACCCUUAAGCUUACUGCUAUGAUGGGUGGACAUAUGUUUGACGAUGUUGUCGCGCAAAGUUCGGUGCAUGAUACUGAUGAUGAUUCGGGUAUGACUAUGAUUAAAUCAUCAGACAAAAUGACCAACAGCAACGGCAGAGAACAAGCUUUAAAAUCAUUUUUUGAAAAAGCAGCAAAAGAUGCUGUCAAGAGACACCUUCAAAUCGACUCUCCACCAGAAAUUGUAAAAGUUCACAUCCAUCGUGAAUGUAUCCCACAAUAUCUGGUAGGCCAUUUACAAAGAAUGCAAAAGUUGGAUGAGCAAUUGCGUAAAGAGUAUGAUGGGAUGCUGGCGGUGACUGGAGCUGGUUACCUGGGCGUGAGUGUUAACGACUGUAUCAAGAACUCCAGGGAGGUUGCAGAAGCCAUUGUCUCAAAAUUAGAAGAAGAGGAUGAUGGCGAAGCGCAACUUGUGGGUAAACAGGAUGCCAUAACCGGACUUGAGAGAUCCUGGUUCUUAUAGUUAGCUAUACUGAUGACAUUUAAUAUUUAUGUAUAUAUCACAAUCAGCG